AUGCAUUUCGCACGUAUUCCUAUGGCGGUAGCGCUUCUCAGUGCCAUUGUCUCCGCCGUGCCAGUUGCACACGACGCACGUGAGGCACUUCAAGCAUACGGCCAACAUACCGACGAUGAUGCUCGUGAACAGAUUGCCAAACGUACUAUCAAGCAAGCCUACGGCCAGCACACUGACGACGAUAUCAACGCUGCAAAGCGGGAGGCACUUCAAGCAUAUGGCCAACAUACCGACGAUGAUCACAGUCAUCAGACAGCCGAGAAACGUACUAUCAAGCAAGCAUAUGGCCAACAUACUGACGACGAUCACGCUGCAAAGCGUGAGGCACUCCAAGCAUAUGGCCAGCAUACCGACGAUGAUGCCCCAUAUGGCCAACAUACCGACGAUGAUGCCCGUGAACAGAUUGCCAAACGUACCAUCAAGCAAGCAUAUGGUCAACAUACCGAUGAUGAUCCUCGUGAGCAGGCUGCUGCCAAGCGAUCUUCAGCGCAAGCAUACGGACAACGCAUCGACGACUGCUACGGGGGUUCACAGGCAUACGGUCGGCACAUUGAUGACUGUUUCCUAUGA